AUGAGAUUAUCAUUGCUGGCAGUUACACUUAUCUCUGCUAUCGCUUUAUGUGAAGGUUCCACAAAAUUAGUAAUUGGUUAUCUUCCUAAUUGGUUAUACACAACUUAUCCUAUCGAAAAUGUUCCAUAUAAAGAAUAUACUCAUCUUAAUUAUGCAUUCGCCCUUCUGAAUAAUCAGGAUAACCUUCCUUCCUUUUCAGAUGAUUGGAUAGUGGAAACAUCUUUACCUAGCAUUAUUAAUAUGGCACACUCAAACGAAACUAAAGUCUUAUUGUCUAUUGGUGGCUGGACAGGAUCAAAAAAGUUUAGUUCUAUGGUUAAAACUACUAAAAAUCGUCAAAAUUUUAUUAAUUGGAAUUUGGAUUUUAUUGAAAAAUACAAAACAGACGGUGUUGACUUGGAUUGGGAAUAUCCUGGUAAACAAGCUGCUGGAUGCAAUGAAUUUGCUGAUAAUGAUUCAGAUAACUUUUUGCUCUUGUUAAAGGAGAUGCGUGAAGCAUUAGACAAGAGAUUUCCAAUGGAACAUAAGGAGAUUUCUUUAGCUGUUCAUGUCCAACCGUUUGUUAAAUCAGGUGUUCCAAUGACUAAUCUUGAGACCUUUGUACCUUAUUUUGAUCGUGUUAAUAUAAUGACUUAUGAUAUAAAUGGUGCUUGGGCUUCCGAAACUGGACCUAAUGCCCCCUUUCAAUAUGAAGAGGGCAAAGGUGCAGCAUUUUCUUUUGUAAAAAGCAUUCAAGACUGGAAAGCAGCUGGUGUACCUGCAAAUAAGAUCACUGCUGGGCUUCCAUUCUACGGCCGUGCUAUAAAGGCUAAAAAUGAUAUGACAAGAGAAAUUUCUCAAUUCCAAGAUGCAGAGUUGGGAGCACCUAAAGGUGAUUCUGAUGAUAGUUACUGGAGCGACCCCUAUUGUACUACAGAGCCUGAAGGUUAUUCUGGCAUAUGGAAAUGGGUAAAUAUUCGUGAGGAAGGACUUUUAGAAGAUGAUAUGAUUACACCUGGUAAAGGAUGGCUACGUAAUUGGGAUAAAACUUCACAAACUCCUUGGUUAUUCAAUCCUACAACCAAAGAUUUUAUUUCAUAUGAUGAUCCUCAAUCUUUAAAAGUGAAGAUUCACCAUGUUCUAUGCGAGGACUUGGCUGGAGUCAUGGUUUGGUAA